AUGGGUGAACAAAUCUACCAUGGAGCCCAAACAUGCUCUGGUACCAAUCCCAGGAGAUGCCAGGACUUAGGAGACUCAAUUCUUCUGAUUCUGGGCAGUUUCAUCUUGCUCAACGUGGGGAUCAAUGUGGUGAUUCUGCUCUGGAGGCACCUGAAGAACUCCUUGCGGAUUCUUUUCCAUCAUUUUUUCCCCAAAGACAAGCAACCCAUUGGUCUAAACAGCCGACCUAUGUGUGUACGAGGCACCAUAGAUCCCAGGAACCUGUACUCAAGAAUCUCUUCCCACUUCAAUCGUAGCCCCAGCUUCAUACUUGGGCAUGUUAACCACCUUGACUCUUGGAUACCAGACACAAAUAAUGAGAAUGCUUCUAGGUGCUGCUGGAUGCCACCCCAAUGUAGACAUGCCAGAGCUCCCACAGAGGCUCCAUGGGAAUUAUGGAAGGAGGGGAUAAUGGGAGCUGGGGAGGCCCCUCAGGCCACAGCCAUGAAGAUUCAGGCCCCUUUGUUUUCCAAGCCAGAGAUUUCUCCCCAGUUCCUGAAGAUAAACAAGCUGGAUAUAGUUGCACCUUCUUUACCACAAGAGACCAAGACUAAGGCCUCAGAUGAUAAUCCAGUCCAUACCCUGGCCCAUACCCAUGAGCACCUCAUCACUAAGUCCCAGACCUAUACCUCAGAGCACACUUCCUUCCAGGCACAGGGGCUUGAGCAUACCUCGACCCAUACUCCACCAAACCUUAUCUCUGACUCUACCCCAACCCAUGAUAAAGCCCCCACCCUGGCCCCCACUUUACCCCCUAUCCCAUCCCAUAGCCAAGCCCCCACCCCACACUAUGCCCCAGCCCAGACCCUAGACCAUAGUCAAACCCAUGGCUUGGCUCAAGCCAAGCCCUACACCCCAGUUCCCAUCCAAGUCCAGGUUCUUGCCCCUACCCCAGCCCAGGGUUCAGCUUGUAGCUCUGAGAACAACCACUCUCAGGCUCACAGUCCUGAGCAAACCUCAGUCCAUACCCUACCUCAGCCUCCAAACCAGCCUCCUGAUUAUGCUUCCUCCAAAUCUAAAGCCACUUCUAUCCCUGCUCCAGUCUGUACCCCAACCCCUGCCCAAGAACUGUCUAUGACCAUGACUGCUACUCCAGCCCCUGCCCAAGUCCUCACCACCGCCCCUAUCCCUAUCCUGUCUCCUCCUAUUCCUUCUACGCUGGCUGCCUUUGGUUCUAGCUUCCCUACUGGCCACGUAAUCUCUGACACCCACAAGGUAAAGAAGAAGGUCUUCCUUAAGACCAGUGCCCAGAGCUGUAGGAAUUACAGAAAGGACUUGAAUAACCCCUCCUGGACCCAAGAGGGGCAGGGCCUGGGAAAUUCUGGUACCUCUGAGCAGACAUCAAAACAACAUAGUGGGGACAGUGCUGAGUCUUCUUCAGGAUCUAUACUGGGCUACCUGGAGCUGGGGAACAUGGAAUGGAAGAUCUCAGAUAGUGUGAAAGACAUAUUCUCCCAGCCCAAGACGUUCCCUUACUGCAGCUUCCAUCCCUGCUGUUCUGAGAGGAAGAACACAGAAUCUCAGGCUCCAGUUUACCCCAAGUUCCUGAUCUACACCCAGGAUACUACACCUUCUAAACCUUGCUUACAUUCUCCAAGCAGUUCUCAGAAUACACAGUCCACCAGUGCUGCUCCAUGUACUCUUUCUCUGCCGCUUGUUUCUCCCAGAACCUUUGUUCUUCCUCAAUCUAACCAUCAGAAGCCCUUCAACUUACUACAAACCCCUACCUUUCUCCCAACCUCCAAGUUUCCUCAGACUGUCUCCCCCUCCCAUUUCUUUAUCCAUUCUCCAUUCUCCACCAUUUCUCAACCCUUGAUUCAACCCCAAAAGAGUCAAGACCUUACACAAGACCUUGACCAUCAAAGGACUUCAUCUCCUGCCAAAGAUUCCAGAGUUUCCAGGAACCCAAGUCUUACCCCAGCUCCAGGCUUCCACAAGAACCCAGGCCUUACCCAAAAUCCAGGUCUCCACAAGAACCAGGGCCUUACCCCAAAUCCAGGCCUCCACAAGAACCCAUGCUUUCCAGGACUUACUCAAGAUUCUUACUGCUGCACGAAUCCAAAUCCUUCCCAAAACUCUUGCCUUCACAAGAAUCCAGGCAUUACUCAAGAUUCUGCCCUAAGGAGUUCAGUUGCUAUUCAAGAUGCUGGUAUUCUUAGUUUUACCCAACCUUGCCCUCACAAGAACAUGCUAAGUACUCAAACUCCUGACCAAGGCAGUUUGGGCUUUAUACAAGACUCUGGCAUCUAUAGGAAUGUUAAAUUAAACCAAGACACCAUAGUUUACAAAGAUCAAGAUCUCUCCCCAACCUGUGACCAAAAGAGGCCAGCCCCUUCUCAAGAUCCUGGAGGUAACAACAGCACUGGAAAUGUACAAGAUCCAGAAGCUUGUAGGAGUUCAGGCCUUACCCAAGACUCUAGACCACAGGAGAGCCAGUGCCAUAGCCAAAACACUGAAGUCAACAAGACCUCAGAGCUUCCCAGGGGAUCUGGUCUCCAUAAGAGCCCAGGCUUUUUCCAAGCCUCUUGUUGUCAUAAGAACUCAGGUCUCAUGAAAGACUCAGGAGACAGCAAGAAUCUAGGCCUUAUUCAAGAUUCUGAAAUCUAUAGAGUCCCAGAUCUUACCCAAGAGUCUAACGCCAAGAGUCCUACCCUUACUCAUGCCACAGAAUUUCAAAAAAGAUUGAAUGUUACCCAAAAUGUUGGCAUUUGCAGGAGUUCAGAACAUACCCAAGACCCUAACCUUCACAAAUGCCCAGGAAUUAAUCAAGAUUCUGGGCCCCAUCAGAGCCCAGAACUUGCCCAAGGCUCUGGCUUCCCCAAGACUCCAAACCUCGCCCAGCAAGUUGAUUUCCAGAAGGAUUCAUGCCUUAUCCCAGAUCCUGGCAUCAAAAAGAACCCAGGUCUUCUUACAGCUACCGGUACUGCCCAAGUCUUGGGUCCACUUCAAAAACUAAAGCUGGCAUCUUCCCCAGUGAAGUCCUCUGCAUGUAAGAUGGCUACUCAGAAGGAGGAGGCAGUGCAGCAUGUGCCUUGGACUUCUGUCCCCAACCAUCAAAAUGCUUACCUUCCCAAUGCCCGAGUGCUCUCCACUGACCUACAGAAUUUCUCAGAGGUACCUGUACUAGUUGAACUACAGCCAUCUUGCCGGCGGUUAGGCAGCAAAGACUGGGUGUGUCACCCUGUAGAUACAGUUUCACCCUGCCAGAACUAUCAACAGAAGUCUAUGCCUCCCAAGAUUACCCGGUGGUCCCAUUGCCCUGGACCAGGCAGCACCAGAACAGGUCAUGUGAUCUCUGAUUCCCGCCAGAAAACAUUGGUACUAGGCAGGGACAAGUGUGAAGCUCUGUCUCCCAGGCGUCCUCAUUAA